ACUCUCAGACCGGAGCCUGAAAAGAUGACUUGGUUUACUAGAGCACAUUUUGCUGUUGGGUGUGUGAUGAUCCUGUCGAUCGUCUUCUACUUCUACAACUUUGUAUUCCAUGACUUCUGCGGACAGACACCCACAGAGGUUCCCACCAUGCUCAAAACUUGGCUGCCUCCAGUCCAAAGUGGUCCAUGCACAUGUGCUCCUGGUUCAGUGAUGCUCAAAGAUCACAUCUCUAAAGAGAAAUAUGAUGAGGUGGUGCAACGCCGAUCCAAGGAGCUCCAACACCACAAGACCAGGACGAAGUCUGUCUUAACGAGACUGCUGCUUGCUUCACCUAACUCUCCCUUGCAGUAUCCCAUCCAGGGGUUUACAGUACGACCCCUGACCUCCACUCUUAUACCAGGUUUAGUGCUGCACACAGGAGCAAGAUCCAGCUACGAGGUGACUUUGAAUGUGUCCAAAGGUGUCCUCAGCACCAUGUCCACAGAAGGAGUUCAAGUUAAAGGAAAUGGUGAAACGACACUGACGGUACAGUCAAAUAACCUGCUGUUCCUCAACGCCCUGCUGUCAAAAGUGUCCUAUAAGAGCACAGACUAUCAUGUCAACACUGGAGAUCUGGUCAGCUUCCAGUUUGAGAACCACAAAGCUGUGUUUCCUGUUGUCAUCAAACAGCCUCAGCUGCCGGUCCUGUAUGACAUGGGAACAGACAUCAGCUCCUCCGUCACCAUCACCACUAAAACCUUCCUGCGCUACGAUCAGCUGCGAGUGUUGGUGAACAGCAUACGCACCUUCUACGCCAACAUCAGGAUCAUCAUUGCGGACGACAGCUUUGAACCGCAGAAGAUGACCGGAGAACACAUCCUGCACUACAUCAUGCCUCCAGCGCAGGUGCAAACAUAUGAGGGGAUCGGCCCCAUUAUCACAUUGUGUUUUAUACUUUCCAUUUUAAAAGACAGAACAUCUGAUUUUCCUCAUAUCAUAACUGACUCACUCACAGGUUGUGAUGCAGACUGA